AUGAAGUUCUUCAUAGCCCUUGCCCUCUUGGGCGCGGCCCUCGCCUCGUCCUACUCCGACCGCUCCAUCGAGAGAAGCAUCCAGGAGAAGUGAGUGUCCUCCGGCCCUUUCUCCUCUUUUCAUCCGCUCCUUUCAGUUCGUUCCGCGCCGGACGCGAGUACCGUUACGUCUUCAAUGGCCAGCUGUCGGCCGGUCUCCCGAUCCCAUCCACCCCACAAGGAAUCACCCGUCUUCAGUCCCAAGUCACCCUCCAAUGGACCAACGGAAAGACCGUCCGUAUGCAGCUCCAGAAGACCCGCUUCGCCACUUCUCAGCAGGAGACCAACUCCAUGAAGAUGCUCCCAUUCGAGCGUUUCGAGGAGGUCGACCGCAUGGACCGUGAGCACCAGAAACUCUUGAGCAUGCCAAUUGAGUUCGAGUACGAGCACGGACUCGUCGGAGAGCUCCGCUUCGCCCAGGACGAUCAGCCAUGGUCCGAGAACAUCAAAAGAGCCGUCGUCAAUAUGCUCCAAGUCAACAUCCUGAAAAAGGAGCAGCACGAGGGAGCCGAGAAGAACGACAACCAGGAGCCAACCCUCGCCUUCACCAACGUCGAGGUAAGUGUCAGGUGAUCUCUUAUCGAGUGACAUCAUUUCUUUGUAGCGCACCCUCGAGGGAGAAUGCGAAGUUCUUUACACCGUCGAGGAGAACAAGAGCCAGGAGGAGCAGAAGUGGACCAAGUCGAUCAACUUCGACAAGUGCACCCGCCGUCCAUACAUCCACCACGUCCAGACCCCAGUCUGCAAGGACUGCGAGCAGACCCUCGAGCAGGACAAGAUGAGCUCCACCGUCCUCUCCUACAACAUCACCGGAUCCCCAUCCAACUUCCUCAUCCACUCUGUCGAGCUCCGCUCCCAGCACCUCUUCGCCCCACUCUCGGAGAAGCACCAGCUCGUCUCUGCCUUCACCCUCAACACCAUGGAACUCGUCUACGCCGGAGAGCAGAGCGCUGAGAUCAAGCAGGUCCGCAGCGAGCAGAUUUCCGAUCUCAUCUACAACCAGGAAUGGGAGUGGGCCGAGCAGCAAUGGGCCCAGACCGGAGAGGAGAAGUACCUGAGACAGAUGCCACAGUGGUCCGAGAACAAGGUCGAGAUGGUCCAGAAGAUGUUCUCUCUGAUGGCCAAGCAGAUCGAGCAGGGAGAGGCUGAGCUUGAGGCCGCCCACACCGUCGCCAGAAUUGUCAAGGUUCUCCGUCAAUGCAACGAGGAGCAGCUUGAGCAGAUCUACCGCCACGUUGCCGAGCAGAAGAACGAGAAAGUUUCUGAGCAACUCCGCUCCAUCUACUUCAACACCCUCACCCUCGCCGGAACUCGCGUCACCAUCCAGCAGUUCGUCGACAAGGUCCAAGCUCGCAAGAACAUCACCCCACUCAAGGCCUCCGUCUCCAUCAAGACCCUCGUUGACAUGCGCUACCCAUCGCUCGCCAUCGCCGAAGACGUCGCCCGUCUCUGCGAAUCCGACGUCUCCUCCAGCAACCCACUCCUCCGCCAAUCCUGCUGGCUCACCUACGGAGCUAUCAUCAACGGAGUCUGCGGACAGAGCCCAAGAGUGUUCGUCCAGAAGAACGGAGUGAAGAUGUGCCCACGUGAUGCCAAGCAAAGAAUCGUCGACAAGCUCGUCCAGCAGUUCGAGUCUGCCUCAACCCGCAACGAGAAGGUCCUUGCCCUCAAGACCAUCGCCAACGCUGGACUCGACCUCUCCGUCUACCCAGUCGAGAAGAUCAUCCUCAACGAGCAGUAUGAGACCACCAUCCGUUCCCAGGCCAUCGAGUCGUUCCGUCGUCUCCGCCACCAGAUGCCAGCCAAGAUCCAGCGUGUGCUCAUGCCAGUCUACCUCAACCGCCAGCAGCCACAGCACCUCCGCAUGUCCGCCCUUCAUCAGAUGGUCUACACUCAGCCAGAGUGGUCCGUCCUUUCCCAGAUCGGAAACCAGCUCAGACAGGAGCCCAACCAGCAAGUCCGUGCCUUCACCCUCUCGCUCCUCCGCUCUGUCGCCAACAACGAGUCGCCAUGCGAGCAGACGUUCUCCGCCCGUGUCCAGUCCCUCCUCAACAACAUCCCAUUCUCUUCCGAGGAGAUCGAUCGCUACGAGUCUUUCUACGGAAAGUGGUCCACCUACUCGAACCACCACCAAUCCGGAAUCGAGACCAGCUUCGCCUCGCUCUUCACCUCCGAGUCGAUCCUCCCAACCGAGAUGAUGGCUUCUUUUGAGGGAGUCAUCUCCGGAGAAUGGAACCAAUACUUCGCCCAGGUCGGAGUCACCCAGAAGAACAUGGAGAAGAUCAUCAAGAAACUCCUCGCCUCCGUCCAAGAGAAGGGACUCGAGCAAGUCGUCGUCCGCGGAAAGAGAGCCUCCGGAUCCUUCCAGCCAACUCAGUUCCUCAGCAGCCUCCUUGAGAAGCUCCGCAUCACCCGCCGUCAGCCAUCCGAGCAGGACCCACACGCCAUAUUCUACAUAAGACACCGUGAUAUGGACUACGCUUUCCUCCCAAUCGACGCCGAUUCCAUCCCAGAGGUUGUCCGCUCCAUGAUCCAAGGAGGAAGACUCGAGAUCGGAGACAUCGAGAGAUACCUCGUCGAGGGAGUCCACUUCUCCGCUUCCAACGCCGCCUUUGUCUACGAGACCGUCCGCAGAAUCCCAACUCCACUCGGACUUCCAGUCCAGUUCUCUUCCAAAAUGCCAACCAUCGCCUCGAUCCGCGGACAAGUCACUUUCGAGCUUGAGCCAAAGUCCGGAAAGAGCUUCGACGGACUCCGUCUUCGCUUCCAGGCCGAGCCACGUAUCGCCUCCACCCACGUCCUCUCCCUCACCGUCGUCUGCCCGAUCGUUCAGGUCGGAACCAAGUUCCUUCACUCUGCCAUUCUCAACACCCCAAUCAACACCGAGAUCAAUUUGAACUGGGAAGACAAGGUUGUAGUCCGUGCCAUCUACAACGCCCCGUCUGAGGAGCAGAGAAUCGCCAUGAUCCAGUCUCGCCCAGUCACCUACACUCGCACCGUCGUCCCAGACGCUCGCCAGUAUCCAGAGCCAGUUGAGAUGACCUACAUGCUCCCAGCCCACCAGCAGCUCAGCCAGUCCCUUGACCGCCAAUACCCACAAAUCCGCGUCCAAGGAACCAUGAACCGCCCAACCAACGGAAGAAUCCCACAAUGGAUCCUUGACAACAACAUGGAGAUCCUCUACAACCCAUCCGUUGAGCAGUACGAGGCCGUUCUCGAGUUCGACCUCUACAACAACUACAAGAUGGAGAAGAACUACGAGAAGGAGUACAAGAAGCACACCGGAAGAAGAUACCUUCAGGCUGAGCCAGAGUACGACGACCAGGAGCACCAGGAGCAGAUCACCAAGAAGUUCGAGUGGCUCAACAACGAGAAGGUCUACCAGCACGUCGCCAAGUUCGAGGUCAAGCCAGAAAUCGUAAAGAUGGAGGUCGAGGCCGUCUGCAACACCGACUUCCACUUCUGCAAGACCCACGUCCGCGGAGAGCAAGUGAAGGCCACUCUUCAAUACGUCUACCCACAGACCCCAAGAACCGUCGAGGAGCUCAAAGAGCAGAAGUACCGCCAACUCGCCGUCAUGGGAGAGCUCAACUACGGAGAGAACACCAUCCAAAUCAACAUCAACGGACAGCAAUCCCAGGCGCAGAAGAAGUGGGUCAAGCAAAUCGAGCAGGCCCCAGAGCACGAGACCCUUCUUGAGGCCGCCAGACUCGACCAAUACCAAGCUGUUGUUGAGUACGAGCUUGAGCCAAAGCCAGCCCAAUACUUCUCCAGAUACUGGAGCCUUGUCCAGGCUUACCUCCGCACCCAGUACCCAUGGACCUCCAGAAUCGAGUCCCGCGAGGAGUCGAGCCAAGGAAAGACCAUCCGUGCCACCUUCAACGUCGAGCCACGUCAGCGCCAGACCGUCAACAUGACCAUCGAGACCCCAAUGGAGGUUACCGCUGUUGAGCGCGUCGAGCUUCCAUUCCAGCUCCCGACCGCCCAGAUUCACUACCAGCCAAGAAACUUCCGCCACGAGCAGAAGCCAGUCAUGGAGCAGAUCGCCCGUCACGCCUCGAAGCAAGCCAACUGCGUCGUCAAGAGCACCAAGAUCCAGACUUUCGACGAGGUCGCCUAUCGUAACCAGUUCACCCCAUGCUACUCGGUCCUCGCCAAGGAUUGCGGAUCUGAGGAGAAGGAGCCAAGAUUCGUCGUUCUGAUGAAGAAGGUCAACGAGAAGAAGGAGGCCAAGAACGUGAAGGUGAUCUACGGAGAGCACGAGAUCGAGAUGUACCAGACCGAGGAGGGACUUGUCUGCCUCGUCAACGGAGAGGAAUACGAGUACCAGCCAGAGGCCCAGAUGGAGAAGAAGCAAUUCCAGCUUAUGUGGCUCAACAAGAACACCGUCAAGUUCGAUUCGGAUGACGUCACUGUCCAAUUCGACGGAGUCAACGCCCGCAUCCACCUUUCGGCCCUCUACAGAAACCAACAGUGCGGACUUUGCGGACACUACGACAACGAGCAGGAGACCGAGUUCUACGACGCUGAGAACCAGGAGAACACCAUCCCAGUAAAACAUUCUAGCCCAAUUUCAGCCUCACAGUUUUUCAUUCUUGCAGAAGUUCGCCAAGAGCUACUUGUACAAGGACUCGAAGUGCGACUACGAGCAGGAGAUCUUCAACAAGGAGGAGAACUUCCGCCGCAUCCAGCAAGACCAGGACGAGGAGGAGGAGCAGGAGAAGAACUACGGAGAGUCCCGCCGCGAGCAGAACGAUGAGCCACAGGAGCAGGUCGCCGUCGUCGAGCGCCAGCACGAGAUCUGCUUUACCCAGAAGCCAGUUGCCCGUUGCGAGAACGGAAAGUCCCAGGAGUCGAAGAAGCAGAAGGUACCCGUCCCUCUGUCCUUUUCUUAUUGUCAUGACCUUCUUUCAGACCAACGUCUACUGCCUCCCAGCCUCCAACUCGUGGGCUCGCCGUCAGAUGCGCGAGAUUCGUCGUGAGCCACUCGCCCAAUGGCCAGAGCAGAAGCUCCGCAACCUCCGCGAGCAGCCGCAGAUGGAGGAGCGCAUGAUCCGCGUCGCCGUCGAUGAGAAGUGCGACAAGUUCGACUAUUGA